CGUCAGAAGCCGAGCGAAGACGGAACAUGACGAAGGUGACGUCAGGUGCCUCGCUAGUCUCGUUUAGUUUACUGCGAAGUAGAUGGAAAAAAAUCCAGCAACAAGAAGGAAGUGCAAUGGCGACAUUGAUUCGCCAACUACCAAAUCCGGAUACGUUCCUGUGUAAACCUUGGUCAACUUUUAUCAGCGCAGCAAAAUUACACUAUUCUGACAACUCACUCGUCGAAAACCGCUUGAAAGAGCUGUACCACAACUGGGAAGGAACUAAACUCAGCAAAGAAGAGAUGCACGUGUUUGGCCAGUUUCCCAACCAGGAGGAUAUCUGUCUCGUCGUCUGCCAUGUCUGCAACCAAGUGGUCAAACCCCAGGGCAUCCUCACCCACUACGUGAACGGAGCGCACUUACAUCUGCUGCUGGCUGGCUGCACAUGUCCUAGAGCGAGGAGUCUGUCUGUGCCAAGAGACAGGCAAAACACACAUGCAUAUGCACACACACGCCCCCCUUUGAGUGCUCCCUCCUGCCCCCUGCAGGUUGCUGCCUCCAGCUGCAGUCCUCUCAGACAUGACAAUCUGGUUAUAACGCAUGUAAAUCUGACCGUAGAUCUGUGGUUAAGGGAAACAGGAAAUGUUCCUCUCACAACAGCUGUUCAGCGUCGGCACGGCUCCCCGUGUCCCUCCAGGGGUCCAGUGGUCUCUGUGAAGCCCAAUGUGGCAGUGUCCCCCACCCCGGGUCCUACUCUCCCUCUGCCCUUCAGGGUCCCCAGAGACGACCCCCACUCCCGCUUCAACAAGGCCCCGCUCGCUGUCUACCCUCCCAAGGGUGUCCGCAGCAAGACAUGUGUGUCAUUGCCAGUAGUGAGUCUGGAGAAGAUGCCAUGUCUUGGCCGGGCAGAGAGGGGAAAACACGUCAGAGUCAACUGCUUUUCUUCCUCCUGCUCCUCUCCCUCCUCCCUCAAACCCUCCCUGAUCCCCCCAGCUCCCCUCAGGGGGUCUCGGGAAAAGCUGGUGAACGGCCGCGGGCCAACCACCCUGGACAGGAAACAGCAGAAUGGAACCAAGACCCCCAGGCCUCAUAGGAGACUGUCAGGGAGGGUGUUUGACCCUAACAAGCACUGUGGAGUCCAAGACCCAGAGAGCAAACGGUCCUGCACGCGAUCACUCACCUGCAAGACUCACUCCCUGAUCCACCGACGGGCCGUCCCAGGCAGGCAGAAAGAGUUUGAUAUCCUCCUGGCGGAACACAAGGGCAGAGCGAAGGAGAAAGAUAAGGAGGGGGCAAAGGAGAAAGAUAAGGCGGGAGGGCAGAGGAGGGAGUCACAGGGAGGCAGUCAGAGCACCCGUGCCAAUGAUACUACCCCCUCCAUCCUGCCCCCCCACUGCCACAAUGGCAGAACCGUCUCCACUCUCAAACUGCGGCUGGCUAAUGCACACAGACCCAGGGUACCUGGUAGUGGGGGUGCUGCUGUCCUAUCCUCCAACCCCGUCCCCCCAGGCUCAACACAAGACCCCCCAGUCCCUGUCUGGCAGAGGGCAGGAGGGGACAGGGACGGUCGUCUGUCCAGUGAUGAGGGCGACCCAGGAACACCAGAUGGCCCUGACAGAGACGAUGACCGACGAUCCUGCCACUACUCCCCUCACCACCCUCGACCACUGGGGUGCUGUGCGUUCAGCAGCAGGCUGAUGGGACGUGGUCACUAUGUGUUUGACCGGCGGUGGGACAGGAUGAGGCUGGCGUUACACUGCAUGGUGGAGAAACAUGUCAACGCUCAGAUGUGGAGAAAGGUGCCCCUGGCUGCUGAGAGCCCUCCCUCCCUCGGGAGCCCUUCUAUCAUCACUCCCUCCCCCAGCCCUCUCAGCCCUCCUCCCCCCCUCUCCUUCCCUCCCUCCACCAACGAAGCCUUCUCCCUUGGGCCCUACACCACAGCCUUUCCCCAGGAUGCAUCAGCAGCAGGGUUGUUUGGCAUCAGGGACCCCUCCCAGCCCGUGGCCCCUGUCUCCGCCCUAGGGAAACCCCGUAACGGCACUACCACCAAACCCAUCAGGCCCCCAGGGGCCACUGGUGGCACGGCCAAGAAGGGGAGGACCACCCAUCCACCUAGUUCUGACACUCUCAGGGGGAACAACAGCAGCUACCACACUCUGACUCCCACCCCCAUGCUCAGCUCUGGCAUGCCCCCCCUUAGUGGUAGGAGAAAGACCUUAGGACACAGUGCCAGGGAGGUGGGGGUCAGGGCUGAGGACUGGUACUCCAACCCUGACCAAACCACCACCACACCCUACCCCCUCACUAAGGACCACCCCAGCCCCUCACCCCUUACUCCCAGCUCCCUUCCUCCUCCCAGCCCCCUGGCCUACGGAGGAGGGGUGGAGGGGAGAAAGAGGAGGAGCCCCAGUGCGUACGGAGGAGGAGGAAAGCCCAGUAAGGUGACCAAAGCAGCAGCAGGGCUGGACGGCAUCUUCAGGAGGAACAGCACUGGACUUCUGGCCUCAGGCCCCGAGUCACCUCGACAGUCAAAGUUGCAUCAUUGACAAUAACAGGAGACAUGGACAGAAUGUUGGGCAGCUGGACUAGUAUCUGUGACCUUUGACCCAAUGUCAGUACCACAGGGCCCUGCCCUGUUAACAGUGAUGUCACUCCGCUCUGCACCUGUACCCAUGAAGGAUUCUGGGACUUGGAGUCAUUGGUGGGUCAGAAUGAUUUGGCUCCUCCUCUCACAAUGCCCAUCCCAUAUUAGGAUGUGUGGUCCCUCCCCACAAUCCCGCCCACACAUUGAUCAGCCAAUUGGCAGUUCUGCAGAGGUAGUCUCCAUGGUUCCAGGGUGAAGCACUCAAAUCAAGACACUCAUCAUCACAAACUGCCCUCUGAAAAGGGAACCUGCUUUAGGUUGGCAUCUUUAUCACAGCUCUACAUGCAUUUAGACAUUUUGUUGUUGUAGCUUCCCGUUCCUGUGUGGUCAGGUGACCAGGAAGGAAUUCCCAUGUCCAAAAACUUCCUCAGGCAGACCUCCACUCCUCACCACACACACCCUUCUCCCCAGCAUGCCAGAGUUCAAAGUGCACUUACUCUCCUCCUCCUGGACUCCAGAGGCUACACAACAACCUGUCUGUCACACAAGGGAAGACUUUAUACUGACACUUUUUCAUGAAAUGUCUUUCAAAAUAGGAAGAAUUCAGGUUAUCGAGGAUUGUUUUUAUUCUUCGUCUCAAAUGUUGCAACACAGAGAGGACCUACACCCUAAAUGGAAAAACGAUGGUGUUGGAUCUUUGUUAUGUAUAAUAAUUUAUAAUUUCUUAAUUUUCUUACUGACCAGAGUAGAGCUACAGACAUUGAGCAAAAUUAUAUUUGUAUGUCAAUUUUUAAACAGUAUUAUUAUUAUCAUAGUUGUUAUUGUUGAAAUGUGUACGUAUAUUUUAUUAUUUUUAAAAUAUUUAUUAUAAGCCUCCUAUUACUAAAAUAACUCGAGCUAAAGUGUUUUAACCGCUUGGUGACUUGUAUUUUUAAGGGUCCUUUUUGCCGGCGGUUCUCCCUUUUCACACUUCUUCCAAUGUUUCUACCUUUCAACAUGACUUCUCUUUCUCUUCCACUGGUCUCUGACAGACGUGCUUGAUUUGAUAUGUGCAUUACAGAAAUGUACAUAUGGCACUAGCCAACUCCUUUUAAUACCUCUGGUUCCACUGCAGUGUGUUCUUCUGUUCUGUCAGUGAUAGACGCUCUACAGGGACAUCACUGACAUGGGCUGCAUCUCAAUAGUCUAAUCUCCUCCUCUCCUCCUUUGUCUUUCCGGAUCUGAAAACAAAGGUGGCGUUUAGAGCAAUGUGGUGGUUGCCAGACAGGAAUUUGACUUCCGUCUCGAGAGUUCUUGUGAUAGGAAGUUACCUUAGGUUAUUUAGAUGCGUUUUUCAGAACAGCGGUAGCGCCCCUACGGUUCCAUACAUGGGGAUGUUCAGUGGUUGCCUGAAGGAAGAAUAAGGCUUUCUCAGAUACUCUCUUUUGCACUUUUUCCUCAUAUGCCCAGAUCGUUAAUCUACUUCUAUUUCUAUAGAUAUUUGCUUCCCACCCAGUAUGAACUCUGGGGUGAGAAGACACGCACAAUCAAAACAACUUUUUAUUUGCAAUGAAUUUGGAAAAUGUUCUUUCAUUUUCUUUCACUUUGAAAACAUUGACUGUUUUGUAGAUCGGAAGGAAAAACAUCUAAUGUAUUCCCCUUUUUAGAUGGAAUUGUAAGGCUACAAAAUGCGAAGACUGUGCAAGGGGUGUGUCGACUUUCACUAGGCACUGUACAUAUUUGUAAAGGUGUUUUGUCAACAACAGUAAAUAUGAAGACUAGGCCUGUAUUCCUUGUGACUUCAAUCCCCUUUAUAAACCAGUGUACUUUAGGCUACAGUGUAGGGCAGGGGUACUCAACUAUUACCCCAUGAGGUCUGGAGCCUGCUGGUUUUCUGUUCUACCUGAUCAUUAAUUGCACACACCUGGUGUCCCAGGUCUAAAUCAGUCCCCAAUUUAAAAAUGCAUUGGAACUGACUUUGAGGUCCAGAGUUUGAAAUGUAUAGGCUAUCUGAAUCUCAGACAAGGUUAUUUUUUGUAUUCUUAAAAAAAAAAACAAUUUUACUGAAUGUGUUUCCAUGGCUAAGGGAAAUCACAAACACUGUAGGUCUGCAUGGUCCAGGGGGAGGGGCUGGGAAAAGUAGGUACAGUGGGGGAAUGUUUCUAUGCCUGCCGUUUUGUCUUCAGGCCCUGCCUCUGCAGCAGUGCACUCUCUUCCAAGUCCUUAGGCCCUCGCCUGCAGCACUCUAUAUUUCUAGAAGUUCUCGUAGGUGAAAGUAUUGGCUCUUUUCACCAUCUCGGAUGACCUCCGACACAAUCAAAUGACUCAUAUAUGCUCGCUUUCUGCUAGUGGUCAAUGUCGAUGGCAUGUAACUUGUCCCAAAAUAGUAAUAGACCUACAGAAUAGAUAUCAGUUUAUAACUCAUCAAUUACAAGUUACUGUUCGAUCACUGAAAAUGUGUGCACUACUGAUUGGUCAGGUCUGGAGCCACCGAUGCCCCUCUCCAGUCAUUUAGGUAAGCAAACGGCACGUGACUGACUAGGUAUUAUUCCUGAAUGUUAACAUUGCUUCUCCUCUCCUCGCUAUUUUUUACUGAGUGUGGAACAGCAGAUAAGCAGUCUAAGCUCCUCGUCUUCUCAAAACCCGUUGGAUGAGAAAGCCAGAGGUCCCGCCCAUUCUGACCUUCUCCUCCAAUGGGUUUCGAUAGUGACGGCAAGAGAGAGGACACGAGGAGUAUGCAAUUGAGGUCUUCCCCUACGUGUUGGUCUGAAAUGGCACGCUGUUCCCUGCAGUGCACUACUUUUGACCAAUGCCCUAAUAUGUGUGCCCUGAUCAAACCAAAGGCACUGUAUCGGGGAAAUACAGUGCCUAAGUAGUGCACUAUAGAGAAUGACGCAGACUUGAGUAGACUAGUGGUUCAGUGCAGUCUCCUCACUUAACCCAGGACAUGGAUGUCUCUCUGUAAGUAAGGCCUUAUUUUUGUAUUCACUGUAAAUAAAGCAGAACCAGGUUCUUGUUGAGCUCUUACUAUGAAAUAGUCACUGGUUCACCUUAUCAGUCUGUGGUGGCGUCCAUCAUGUGCUUUCUACUCCUGGGUGACUCUUUUAUCCUGUUGUCCCCAUGGUGUUAUCAACACAUUUAGAUGUGUAUUUUCAGGUUUGACAAUGUUUUGGAUCAAAAAUAUAUAUAUAUAAAAUAUUUUUUCUACCUGC